UCCUACUCACAGCUGAUAGUGCGUUGCAAAGACACAUCACUCAGUUUUUCGGAAAUAAUACAGUAAUUACAUGGCAAAUAAAUAAUAAUUGGAAUUAAGAUGAGAAUUUUUAAAUAUAUAGUCUCUAAAUGUAUUUUCCUAAUUAUAUUACGUGCGAGUUCCUUAAUGAGCCAUGAGGCAAAGGAUUUCGAUGAUUCUGUGCUUUAUAAAAUUGAUUUCGAGGUACCGGAUUUUGAGAAGGACCCAGAUUUGAAAAAUCAACUGCGUACCUUUUACACACAUGAUCAAGAAAAGUAUGAUUGCGUUAUACCAGUGGUACAGGAUACCAAAGAGCAACCGACAUCUGAGGAACCGGAACUCUCACCCUUAACACUAUUGCAACCUCUGUUCUCAACACAAAGUUGUUCAUAUAGAAUUGAAGCUUAUUGGUCUUAUGAAAUCUGUCAUGGACAACAUGUACGACAAUCGCACGAGGAAAGAGAAGGGAAAAGCGUUAAAUUACAAGAAUAUUACUUGGGCAAAUGGUCGGCGGAGAAGAUGGAAGAACUUACAAAAUUAUGGGAAAGUGAUCGCAAGGCAGGCAUUAAAUAUAAAACCACCAAAAUUGAAAACACUAGAUAUCCAUACUUUGAAUUAGAAAUGACCGAUGGAACUAUGUGCGAUAUUAUCGAUUCGCCACGUACGACACGUGUACGCUACGUUUGUUAUCCUCACGGGAAGAACGAGAUAUAUUCAUUUAAAGAAACAUCUUCAUGUAAUUAUGAAGCAAUUAUACUAACAUAUAUGCUUUGUAUGAAUCCUGCUUUCCACCCCGAGGAAUCGAAAGAGGUUUCUAUUAAAUGUUUCAAUGCGCCCACCGAUGUACAUAAACCAUUGAGUAUGCUACGGCAAGAGCUCAGUGAAAUGCUAUCUGGAGAUGAUGAACUACGCAUUUCGAAUGAUGCGAGUGCUGCUGCAAUGGCUUUAGCGCGUUCGGCUGCAGCAACUGAACGUUUGUCCUUCUUCAAUAAAGUUGGACCAGACGUGGAUAAGCUUGUACAUGAAUUAAUGAUUGGUGCUGGUGUUGAUGUACCUACACCGCCAGCAGCGGACAAUGAAGUUUUGCCAAAUAUACCAAAAGCACCCAUCACAGAUCUGACACCAAUAAAAGAGUUCAUUUCGGGUAGCAAUUGUUUGACUGGGGGUACUGGUUGGUGGAAAUAUGAAUUCUGUUAUGGACGGCAUGUACGCCAAUUUCACAAGGAUAAAAAAUUGGAGUCGGAACUCUUUUUAGGUUACUUUUCUGAGAACUCACAUCGUCAAUGGUUGGCAAAAAAUUUAGACAAAAUGCCCAAACGCGUUGGCUAUUCCACAGCGCUAUGGCAUCACUACGACCGCGGAACACAUUGCGAUCGCACAGGUUUACCGCGUGAGGUAGAUGUCAAAUUAAUGUGUACGCCGAUCAGUAGUAGUGCCAGUUCGGUAUCUAUAUAUUUGUUGGAACCAAAGAUGUGUCAAUAUAUACUUGUAGUGGAGUCGCCAAUUAUCUGCGAUCUGAUGAAAUUAGCCGAUGAAUACGGUUUAGUGCAGGAAGAAAAUUUACAAGAAUUACUACAGAAGAAUACAUUGUCAAAUGAAGAAAACUCAAAGGAGUCAACAACAACAACAACACCAACUAAGCGUACAAGUGAAGCUGAAGUCAUAGAGGUAAAUAACAUAAAUGACGCAAUAAUACCACAAGAUGUACUUGCAUGAAAUGUAAAGUUUAAUAUGUAAUAUAUAUGUUGUACUACAUUCUUGAGCGUGAUAUGUAAAACGAUUUUCACCAUUAUAGCUUAAUAAAUUUAAUUUUAAAAAUAUA